AUGGAGUUCUCCCGCCGCGGCCCAGCCACCGACGGUGUCGCCGACGGCCACCGCUGCCCCGACCCUCCGCCGCACGGAGACGCGAUGCUGGUGAUGAGGGACGCCCUGCUGUGGCAGCUCCACAAGGACCGCCUUCGUCAGGAGAUCAUCCUGAGCGAGCUCGCCAAGAUAGAGCGCACCGUGGCACUUCGCGCCGCGUCCGGUCACCACACCACGGCGAUGCCCCGGGACAGCAUGCCGCAACACAGAGGACCCGUCUUCGGCUGGGAACACUACGGCGACGUGAGUGAGGAAAAUGAUGUGAAGCUACCACCAAACAACGACAGGCAGACUGCGGAAUCCAGAUUUCCAAAGCCUGUCGGGGAAGAUCGUGCCAACAAAUCCUGCAACACCUGCAAAUGUGGUGGUAAUGCGGGUCCACAUAGCUCAGCAUUUGAUGAUCUGAAACUGCAAGAUCCCGUUCAGACUGUUCCUCCAAGUAAAACAUCGCCUGCGGUGAAGUGGGAACUGACAGGAAUAACCAUACCAGUUAAGAAGCCGAAGCCGAAGCUACCCAUGACAUGGAGUUGCACCGUGUGCCAGGUGCUGGUAAACAUUGAGAAGGUCGUACAGAAGCAUUGUGCUGGGAGGAUGCACCAGUCAAAUAUAGCAACAUUGGAAUCAAGAAUUAAGGCCAUCAGUGGUCAGAAGGCGAAAAAAGGAGCAAAACCUUCUACUGGUACAGAUGAGAUAAAAACAUCUUCAAUAAGAUGGAGUUGCAGCACCUGCCAGGCCAACGGUUUAUGCCAAUCAGACUUAGAGGAACACCUCAAAGGCACAGAACACCAGCACAACAUCGUAGCUUCAUGCAAAGAAGGCAGUAACAACGAUAUGGUGAAGAACAUUGCACCGGAUGAAGCAAAAUUGCACAAGAGCAAUGUGCCACAGCAUGCAGAAAAGGCACAUUCGGUAGGCUGCAGCACUUGCCAAGUUAUCUGCGGCCGCGAAUCAGAUCUGCAGAUCCACCUGAAGGGUAAAAGGCACUUGAAUAAGAUUCGAGCCGUACUCGAAGAGAGCAAGAACGUUGCAGCCUUAUGCCAAGAAGGCAGCAACAACGAUGUAGCGAAGAACAUUGCACCGCAUGAAGCAAAAUCGCACGAGAGCAAUGUGUCACAACAUGCAGAGAAGCCACCUUUAGUAGCUUGCGACAUUUGCCAAGUUAUCUGCGGCCGCGAAUCAGAUCUGGAGAUCCACCUGAAGGGUAAAAGGCACUUAAAUAAGAUUCGAGUCCUACUUGAGGAAAGCAAGAACGUUGCAGCCUUAUGCCAAGAAGGCAGCAACAACGAUGUAGCGAAGAACAUUGCACCGCAUGAAGCAAAAUCGCACGAGAGCAAUGUGUCACAACAUGCAGAGAAGCCACCUUUAGUAGCUUGCGACAUUUGCCAAGUUAUCUGCGGCCGCGAAUCAGAUCUGGAGAUCCACCUGAAGGGUAAAAGGCACUUAAAUAAGAUUCGAGUCCUACUUGAGGAAAGCAAGAACAUAACCAUGGACCCUGAGGCACACAAAACAGACUUAAACCAGGACAGUGCGCCACAACAUAUGGAGAAAACCAAUUGCGAAUUAGACUUGGAGAGCCACCUCAGAGACGAGAGACUCCAACUGAAUAUUCAGGCUCUUGGCGAGAAAACCAAGCAAGAGAAAAGCAAUCCACAAGAAAUUGCCAAGGGCCGAAUACCAUCAUCAGAAUGGGAUUGUGCUACUUGCCAGGCCAAAUGUAACUCCAAAGCUCAAUUUGAGCACCACUGCACAAAUAGAAGAGAUCAACGGAAGAUCAAUGUGAUACUCGGCGAAGAUGAUAUUGCGAAAGUGAGCAGUCUUCACAUCGAAGUCCCAUGCAAAGAAGGAAGUAACAACGAUAUGGUGAAGAACAUUGUGUCACGGGAAGCAAAAGCGCAUCAGAGCAAUGUGCCAGAGCAUGCAGAGAAGCCACCGUCAGUAUGGAGUUGCAGCACUUACCAAGGCAUCUGUAACUGUGAAUCAGAUUUGGAUAUCCAUCUGAUGAGUAAAAGAAUCCAAGAUAUAGUAAAAGAAUGCAGGAACAUUGCAAUGAAUUCCGAGUCACAGAAUACAAAGGUGAAUCCAACUAGUGUGCCACAACAUGUAGAGGAAACGAAUUGCCAAUUAAACUGGGAGGGUCACCCCGACCUCAGAGAUGAGAGACUCCAACCAAUGAACGAUCGGGCCCUUCGCGAAACAAUCAACCAAGAUAAAAACAACCCAGCAGAAAUUGCCAAGGACCAAAUUCCAUCCUCAGAAUGGGAUUGCGCUAUGUGUGAGGUCAAAUGUAAUUCUAAAGCCCAUUUCGAGCAUCACUGCACAGGCAUAAAGCAUCAGCAAAAAAUAAAUAUGACACUCGGUGAAGGCGAUAUUGCAAAAGUGAGCAGUCUCCACAUCAAAGUCCCAUGCAAAGAAGGCAGUAACAACGAUAUGAUCAAGAACAUUGUGUCACAGGAAGCAACAUCGAAUCAGAGCAAUGUGCCAGAGCAUGCAGGGAAGCCACCUUUAGUAGGUUGCAGCAUUUGCCAAGUUAUGUGUGGCCGUGAAUUAGAUCUGGUGAUCCACCUGCAUGGUAAAAAGCACAUUAAGAAGAUCCGAGCGCUACUCGAAGAAAGCAAGAACAAUGCAAUGAAUUCUGAGCCACAGAAAGCAAACAUGAACCCGGAUAGUGUGCCGCAACCUGUGGAGAUAACAAAUUGCGAAUUAGACUUGGAGAGCCACCUCACAGAGGAGAGACACCGUCUCAUGAAUGAUUGGACCCUUCAUGAAAAAAUCAGCCAAGAUCCACUAGAACUUGUGAAGGACCAAAUACCAUCUUCAGAAUGGGAUUGCGCUGUAUGCCAUGCCAAAUGUAACUCUAGAGCUCAAUUUGAGAAUCACUGCUUAAGCAAAAAGCAUCAACGGAAGACCCAGAUGAUACUCAGCAAAAGCGAUAUCGCUAAAACAGGUUGUCUGGAGGCCCUGGAUGAACUGCCUUCGGAUGGCUCGAAUAGCAAGAAUGAACUACCUUCGGACGGCUCCAACAGGGAGAAUGAACAGCCUUCACCGAACAUGGAGGAGCAGAAGGCAUCGAACUUUUGCGGUAGAAUGCUAGAACAUCAUUGUAUCGGAGGAAGCCCCGAGCAAAGCUCAAUGCAAAGAAAUGGCAUGUGUUAAUGUAUCCAGGUGUACGGUUGUUAGGGGAAAUUGCAAUGCAUGAUGAUGUAUGUACAUUCGAAUCAUAUGGUGGCAUUGCGAGAAUCUUAUAUAAGUCGUUUCAGGACAAA